AUGUUCAGUUUAGACUACGGUCCAAACUACCUUUCUUCCCUUCCCCUUCCCUCUACCCCUCCUCCGCACCCAAACCCGAUCCUCAUCCCGGUCCGACUCGAAUUCGACGUCCCAGAGCUCGGAUUACGCAUCCGGGAUGUCUUUCUCUGGAAUCUCCACGAACCGUCGGCGUCUAUAACACCAGAAGUCUUUGCCGCGCAGUUUUGUAGGGACCUGGAUAUCGGGGUGGAUCCGUAUGGGGAGAUCGUGGCGAGGCAGAUUAGGGCACAGGUGGAGGAUGCGAGGGGCGAGGCGUGGGUUGGGUGGAUGGAUUCGUUGGACCUAGACCUAAACCAACACCACCACCAAAACUCCCCCUCCCAAAACACCGAAUGCCGCGUCAUCCUCUCCCUCGACGUCCAAAUCUCCACCCACCACUUAACCGACCACAUCGAAUGGGACCUCCUCUCCCCUCUCACCCCUGAAGCCUUCUCUCUCCAACUCUGUGCCGACCUCGGGUUAUCCGGCGAAGCCAUCCCACUCAUCGCACAUGCGAUACACGAGGAACUGUGUCGUCACAGACGAGACGUUGUUGAUUGGGGCGUUCUCGGUGCCCACCCUCCGUUGAACUUGAUUCCCGGGAGUGGGGGUGACUUGGAAGGACCGAUAAAAGACCGAACAGGGCUGGGUUUAGGAUCCCUCGGACGCCCAGCGCGAGAACGAGAUGGGCGGUACCCGAAGCCUCUGAGGAGCGCGUGGAGAGAUUGGGCGGAGGCGGAGGAGUAUGCGACGAGGUGGGAGGUGUUGAGUCCCGAAGAGGUAGAGCGGAGGGAGGUCGAGAGGGAGAGGGCAGGGAGGAGGUUGAGGAGGGAGACUAGUAAGUGGAGGUCGAGGAGGUGA